AUGAGACAUCAAGUCUCAAAUUUGUACCCCUCUCCUCAAGAAUUUUUAGAAUCUGUUCACGAAUUAGUGGACCUUCCUCAAAAAGUAAUGAAUUCCCCUCCAAAUUCUUUUCAAGAAUUAAUAGACUCCCCUCAAGAAACAUUAUGUGAUGAAACGUGUGAUGAAAUGCGUGAUGAAAUGCGUGAUGAAAUGUGUGAUGAAACGUAUAAUGGAACAUAUGAUGAAGUGCAUGAUGAAACAUAUGAUGGAGUGCAUGAUGAAACACAUGAUGAAGUGCAUGAAACCCAUAAAGGACAAGAUUUGGUUGGAAUUAAUAGCGCAUUACCUCAUAUUAACAAAGCAAUCGUAUUUGCCAUUGAUAAUACUUUUCCUAACUGGUCAAUUGCAGAACAUUAUGUUGCUGAAUAUGGCCGUCAAAAAGGAUUUGUACCAAUUAAGAUACGUAAUAAAACUGAUCGUAAUGGACGUUUAAUAAACCUGUAUUAUAAAUGUGAAUUUAGUGGAACAUAUCAACUAAAGAAAACUAAUAACUUACAAAAUCAACAUAAUAAAGGUUCUAAAAAACUUAACUGUGAUUGGAAAGCUAAUCUGUCGUUUGCAACUGGUGUGGUUCGAAUUACUAGUUUUAAUGAUAACCAUGUUGAGCAUCAACUUUCACUAGAUACCAAAAUUUUUGCUCCUGUAAAUCAUCGAUUCUCUGAUGAUUGUCGUGAAGAAAUUCGCCAUUUAACAGUAAAUGAACAUAAUGUGGAAGGAAGUGAAGCAUCACAGCUUUUAAAACAACUUUAUGAAUAUAGAGAAAAGGAUCCUAAUUGGUAUAUUGAACCCUUAGUUGACUCUAUUAGUAAUCGUCUCCGUGGAAUCUUUUGGAUGGACCCAGGUCAACGUGAAAGAUGGAUUCGGUUUUGUGACAUAAUAGCUUUAAUGUCUGAUGAAACUAUUGAAUCUUUUCGUUGGGUUAUGGGGCAAUUAAAAAAAGCUACUGGAAUUUUGCCAAGAAUUUUAAUGAUGGAUGAAGAUCUUUCCAUGAAAUAUGUUGUAGCUCAUGAUCUUCCGAAUACCAAACAUUUAUUUUGUUUGUAUCAUUUAAGUCAAAAUCUUUUAAAAAAUCUUCGAUGUAAGCUUGGCAUGCAGUAUACAGAUUUUAUUAAAGAUUUUUAUUUGGCGUGUAAUAGUUUAAGUGAAAGUACUGUUUUUCCACAAGUCGUUCAACAAAUAAAUAAGUAUUUAACACCAAAUUUAGCAACUGAGCAACAAAAGCAGAUAGUUCAAUCAACUAUCUACCGGGCUCAAAUAUUAAACUCGUGGAAUUCUGAUUUAUUAAAUUUACAAGACGUUACAUAUGAUGAUGAUUUUAUUGAAAACACAUAUGAUGUUUCGCAAUCAUAUUUAUUGGCUUUAAUUAAAGAAAAUGAAUAUUCUUCUGUUAAAGAAGUUUGGAGAAUUACAUGCUUGAUUUCGACUAAGUUCCAUAUAAUGCUGUUGCCUAUUCGUUGGUGCAAGGAUGAUAUAACUGAAUCUGAACGUGCUCAAGAACUAUUUUUAACAUCAAAUCGAAAUACCGAAUUAGCAAUGAUUACACAUCAAUUAUGUAAUGCAACAAACGUGAAUUUACUUAGAAUCGAUGAUGUCCAGGAAAAUAGCUUUCAAAAAUCUGUAGACAAGAAGCUUCAAUUUAACAAAUCAAUGAGUCUUGCAAAGAAGGCUAUUACGUUACAGAAUAGCGAAAAUGAUAAUGAAUUAGAUACUCUCUUGAAAAAUUACAUUGAAAAAAAGACUCUUCAACGUGAAAAAGAAACUAAAGAACGAGAAAUGAGAAUUCUUAGAGAUUACCAUAGUUCAGAAAACGUUUUAGCCAUAAAAACUGAUGAUAAUCAACUAAUUUCUAUUGAUAAUGUUGCUAAUCCCUUAAAUCAUAUUGGAAAAGGGGCUCCAAAGAAGAAUCGUAUUAAGGGUGCACAAGAAGAUCAUACAUCAAAAAAAAAAGCUAAAUCAGGUGCAAGCACAAGACUAUGUGGACUUUGUCAUGAACCUAAUCACUAUAAGAGCACAUGUCCACAAAAAAAAUCCAAUCUAGAAAAGUAG